GUCUUUCAAGUUCCCGGAUACAAUGAAGAAAAGAAAGUGAAGUGGAGUUGUGGCAUGGCGAAAAGCGUUGGGCUAUCUGUCGGGCUGAAGCCAUCUGGCUUUCCAAGCUCCCAGCAAGUCGUGUUUAAACGUUUUAUCUUAAAAUUCGUUCAGUCCUUGUGUAAGGAUGAUCGUACAGCAUUUAGAUAUUGGUGCAAAGAAUUAAUUCCAGUGAGAGAUGUGGGUAGAAAGGUCGAUGAUGAUGAUGAUAUUUUUAAGUUGAUUGAGUUGUUACAAGAUCAUAAUCAGUUGUUGCUUGAUGAUAUGUUCGUACUGAAAACAUUUUUGUUGGGUACUCAGCGGUGUGAUUUGCUGAUUGAGUUAGAAAAGGCAGAAUUAAGUAUCGUGGUUGGUAAAAUCUUGGAGCAUUAUAAGGUUUUUUGUUGUCAACGUAGUGAUGGUGGUGACUUUUACGCGGAAGUUGUGGGGUUACUAGUUUCGAGGAUGCCUCGAAGGUUUGAACACGUACGACGAAUUUGCAGUGACAAGCGUGUAUUACUUUACCUGGAUGGCGUGAUUCGUGAGUAUCUUCUGAGUAAUGGGUGUACCUGGCCGAAAGUAACAGCUGUUCUGGUGAUUUUGGCCGAGCUUUCAGUGGAGGUAGAUGACGUACUAACAUGCAUUGACUUGCUAGCAGAGAGUAUGCACACACUUGGAGGAAUGGUAAGAGUUUAUAAUAGCAGUUACCUUUAGAUUCUAAGGCGACAACGAAUAUGAGUACGAGGUUUUCUCAAUAUUUUUCUACUACAGUAAGCUUAUGUGUAUGGCGUACGAUCCCCGCCAAAAUUCAUGGUUUGAAUUUUAAAUUGCUCAUUUAAAUUUUCAACUUCAAAACUUAAUUUUACAGCUAAAUUCAACAUGUUACACUCUUCCUUUAGAAUUCACAUCAUUGGAAUUUACACUUGUCUUUAAGCUUUUGAACUCAACUUUUUUCAUUUGACCUUGUUCGCUGUACAUUGUACAAACAAAUUUUUAUACACUGCUACUUUUUAUUAGGUUUGAUGCCUGAACCAGUACCAUACAAUUGACUGAGACGCUAAUUUUGCAUUCGAUGCUCACUCACCACAUUUCGCCAGUCACAGCGUCAAAUUUCAAACUCAACAUCGAAUUUUUGUUUACGCUUCAGUGAUCAUUGGUCGAGACAAAAGAAUCUUUUGUGGCGUGGGAGGUGGCAACCUAUGCGCCUCGCCGCCCCCUCCUCAAAGUUUCUUGGUUUGAUUUAAGGCGGCUCCCUAGAGUAUUUACUAAUGACCCUAGCUAUCUAGCAUAUGUUACAGAAGGAAAUCUAGUUACUUUGUCUUUGCUAUUUUGUUCAUGAGAAUCACCACUAAGGUUACCCAUAUAAGAAGGCUUCUGGAUUAAGGCCAUUGCCAUGGCAACAUGACAUGCCUAGACAGGCAGUAAUUUUGUCAUUUUUGAUCAUUUUUUCUUUCUUUUUCUAUAUUAACGAUACUGCUUAACAUUUUAAAGUGGAAAAAACAUGGGGUCAUUCAGACGAUUUUGCCAAUAUUUUCAAAUUUGUAAUUGUUCUUAAUAGAGGAAUUUAGCUCUUACAGAUUUUAACAAAAAAAGGACAGUACAAAGGUACCGCAACUGUUAAGAAAUGAGGCCAUUUUUAAAAAAAAUUACUGAAGGAAACACAAGAAUUUCACGGUUAAUUAACUGCGCUGACGUAACAAAAAUCCGAAAAACACGCGUGGUUUGGGGUCGUAUGAGCAAAUAUGCGCGCGAGCCGUCACGCCCGCAUGCGCAUAAAGCACAUAGCUACUGAAAACAUGUGGUUUCUUCGAAAAGUUUGAAAGCCAUUGAUAAAGCCGUUUAUUAGUAUUAUUACGGUGAUAUCUCGCCAGUUGAAAAAGGAGAGAUAGUGGAUUCAAUUUUACAUCUCAUGUUCAAUGGAUGUUUUUUUCGAAGUACUUGACUAUUGUAGCUAAAAUUCGAGCCGUGGUGGUCAAUCGUGCGGAUUGCGAUCAUUGGAGAUGGAGACGGUGGUUGUGCAAGAUUUGCAAUAAGCCCUUCAUUUCGUAAUCUGGUGUACACUGUUUGCAGAUCUUCAAAUGUCAGCCCACUUCCGGAUACUUUUUCAACCUUGUUCUUCUUUAGGGAUAAUUUCAACGGUGAGGUUUUUCUUUAAAAGUCUGCUGUAAAAGAUGGCGCCGAUAUAAAAAACAUACAUCACGUCCUCAGCUGCACGUACAAGACCGUAGUUCUCGACGGACAACUAUUGCUUUCGUCAAGGGUCAACCUGUGACUCAAAAGUUAUUUUUCGUUGUGCAAAAAAUUUUUCUAGUGCAUCUUGCAUGUGCAUUGAAGAACUUUUGAAACAAGAAAAAGUGCUAGGACGUUGGUUCAUCGAUGAAAAGGUUCCUUCGAUUAGGAUGCAAGUUAAGCAGGAAACCUUUUUUCUGAUAAGUUUUUUAAACAAUGUGAUAGAGUCGGCAAAACCCCCAAAAAUUUACACUGCCUGUAAUCUUGCCUUAAAGCCACUUCUAGAAUUUCUUAAAUCAAAUCAAAUGUAAGAGAAAUAAAUUGACCGAGGAGCUCUGCCGGUGAAAACAAUCUUCAGUGUUUGUUCGGGACUUGGUUCGAUCUUUCACUGACCGUGAACAAAGGCUAGAAACAGCAACAUUGCUUCCUUCAGGAUUAGUAUACUUACUUCUUUGUUUUGUUUUGUAAGGUUUCCAUUCACCAUUUUACUUCGACUAUUUUACGUUUUUCUACUUUUGAAGGGAAAUAAUUGAUGUCUUUUGAAAAUUUUUGCUUCGUUUUUACAUACAAUUUACUCUUAUGGAGAUCGAUAGUGACUUGUAACCAAUGUAACAUUGUCUCCUGUCAUAAAUGUUUGAACUACACUAACCAAACGUUUUGAACAAUGAGCUUCAACAGAAAGUUAAUAAAGUUUUUUUUAGAGUUCCAAAUAUUUCGAAACUGAGAGGCCAUGUUUGUUUUAUUUUUGCAUGGACGUCAUGUGGAUUUUAAAGCUUGCGUCAUACUAGUGCUCAGGUUGCGCACAGCCAAUUUACUCUAGGGAGCCACCUUAAGUAGUAUAGCGAAAACCCUAACCCUAAAUAGAAGCUGACCAUUAACCCUAAUCACUAUUCUAUGUGCUUAACCAUAAUCAGUAUUGUUAGCGCUUAACCCUAAUCACUUUAGUCAGGGCUCACUCAUAUACAGCUAUUUAGAGAAAAGUUGUCGGAAAAAAAUGUGCACGUGACAAUCCCAAAUGGCAAUAUGGGAUAUGACCAAUACACUGUUCCUGAAGACAGUAGCUGUCGAACCUACUUUUGUUGCUUUCCUUUAGCACUCGCAAAUAUAUGUCCAUGGUCUCUCGUGCUAUUCUUUCAAAUUUCUUUGAAGAACAGUGAACUCAAAACCGCCCACAAUACCUAUCGGGAUUGUCGCGUGUCCUUUUCCCGACAACCUUUACCGAAAUAGCUGUAUAUGACAUUACUUUGUGUAGGCAUCACAAGGUAUCCAAGGGUGGUUUGAGAUAUGGAAACAAGCGUAUACCCAUAAACGUUAGGCACGAUUACCAGCUGCUGUUCAGUAAAUGAGCCCACACUCCUCCCCCAAACAAACGGCUGGAUGCAUGAGUUUGCUAUCGUCAAUUACCACCAAUCAGAUCUUUGCCGGCUCAAAUCAAGCAGGCAACAUAAAUUUAAUUUCAAACGGUGGAUGCAAAGGUGUUGUUUGAUUUCGUGUGCGAUCAUGUUUUAGAGGCUGCAUUUUAAGCUUAAAAACCUAAAGUGUUUACAAAGAAAAGUAUUAGCUUAGAGAAGCUGGAAAAUGGUAGGUAUGUUUUUGAAAUUCAACCAACUGGAACUAGAUCAAUAAUUAUUUUCCAGUCUGCGACAAUGGUUGUUGACAGCUAACGUGAAGGAGAUGUUAACUUACGGCAUUUGAGUUCGUUUUGUUUUGGAUUAGUGGCCACAUAGAAGCAAUGGUCCCACCCGGAGGCUAGGCUUCAUUUAGAGGGCAUUAUGUUUCAGUGCUGCACUUAUCGAUUACAAAAAUUGAUAGGCACUCUAACCGUUAUUUUUAAUGUUUUGUUUUGUUUUGUUUCAAACCAGAAAGCCUUCAAAUUAUUUGUCAACGAUAAACUACAUGUAAACCUGGACAGCGAUGACUAUGCGUUUUCAUCCAUGAUGAAGGAAUGUUUAGAGAUCAUUGGACGUGAAGUAGACAAGUAG